AUGGUUUAUUACUUUUUUAAGCUUUUUAAUUUUAAAGCGAAAGCUAUCCAAAAGUUAACGGUUUCGUUAAAAAGAAAGGCCAAAUACCGGAACUUAAAAAGCACCGAUUGGAUUGGGUUAAAAAUUAGGACGAAACGUGCAAAAAGUAACAAAAAUAACCGAAAGCUCGAAAACGGUUACGGUAAUGUUAAUUGGGGUCCAGCUUUAAUUAUUAAAAUAACUAUAACCGCUUGCAAAUUUGCAUUAUACGCGCAUAAAACGAAAUUAGCGAAAAAGCGCCCGGUUAAAUUUUUUGCGUUUAACGCGCUUUUAAACGGUUACACGCGUUAUUUUGUUAUUGGUAAUACCCAUUUUCCAAUUAAUUUGUUAAUAUUGUACAACGCUUCCAAAAUAUUACGCCGCCGCGCAAAGCACUUACAAUUGUUUGCUUUUGCUUUUGCAAAAAUUUUUGUAUUAAUAAAAGCCCGAAUAAUGGAAACGAAAGCGUAA